AUGUUCCGGAAGAAUAAUGGCUUCCACGCUCCUUCAUGCAACGAGCCGAACGACAGGUCAUGUUGGGUGAAUGGCUUCGACGUCAACACCGACUGGGACGAUAGGCAUCCCAUCACGGGAGCAACAAGGCGGUACGAGUUCUUUCUCACGGAAAUCGACAAGUUUGUUGGUCCCGAUGGGCAGGUGAAGGAGAACGCCAUGCUGAUUAACGAUUGGGGCGAUAGGAUAGAAGUCAACGUGGUGAACAACCUCCGGGAUAACGGGACGUCGAUCCACUGGCAUGGGAUAAGAAUGCAGCACAACAACAUCAACGACGGCGUCCCCGGCGUGACGGAAUGCCCUAUUCCGCCCGGGAGUAGCAAGACAUACUCAUUCGUUGCAUCACAAUACGGCACCUCGUGGUAUCACUCCCAUUACUCGAGUCAGUAUGGUAACGGCAUUGUGGGCACCAUCCAGAUCAACGGGCCGUCAUCACAGCCAUACGACAUCGACCUCGGAGUCUACCCCAUCACGGACUGGUAUUACACGAGUGUAGAUAAGCUGCUUGCCCGUGUCUACGAUGCUGAGAACCCCAUUGUGCCGGGUAAGCCGGGAUCGCCCCCGCCGAGCGAUAACGUCCUCUUCAACGGGACCAAUAUCAACCCCACAGGGAGCGGCGGGGAGUAUAGCAAGAUAACCCUGACUAGGGGCAAGCGCCACCGGCUCAGGCUCAUCAACGCAUCGGUAGACAACACCUACACCGUUUCCAUCGUCGGGCACAAGAUGACGGUCAUCCAAACCGACUUUGUCCCUAUCCACCCCUUUACGACAGAGCAGAUCUACAUGACGGUCGGCCAGAGGCACGAUAUCAUCAUCAAUGCCAACAACGAUAUCGACAACUACUGGCUGAACGUGACCUUCUCCAGCACCCAGGCAUGCGGGACCUCGAACAACGCGCACCCGGCAGCCAUUGUGCACUACAAGGGUGCAUCAGACGAUCUGCCGGGCGAUCCGGGCAAGCCGCCGGUCGACUCGCACUGCUCCGACAGCAACGAGUUCGUCCCCAUUAUCAGGCGGCGCGCACCGCGGAAGCUCUUCUCCGCAGUGCCCAGCAAUACGCUGCCGGCGAGCAUGGUUGUCAACACGACGUCGAACCAGGUUCUGUGGGCCCUGAAUGGGUCGUCCAUCAACCUGUCGUGGGAGAAGCCGACGCUGGAGUAUGUCCGCCAGGAUAACAACUCAUACCUGACACAUCAGAACGUGAUCUCUCUGGCCAAGUCGGAGGAGUGGAGCUACUGGGUCAUUCAGAACCUAUCCCCCAUUCCACAUCCCAUGCAUCUUCACGGCCACGACUUCGUGCUGCUGGGCCGGUCUCCCUCGCUGGCCAACCCCCUGGACGACGGCAACGAGCCGAGAUACUUCGAUGCAUCGUCAGACGCGGAGGGCCUGUCGUGGAGGAACCCGACGCGGCGCGACACGACGGUUCUCCCCGGCUGGGGCUGGCUGGUCGUGGCGUUUGAGCCGUCGAACCCGGGCUCGUGGGUCUUCCACUGCCACAUCGCGUGGCACGUCUCGCAGGGGUUCAGCGUCCAGUUCCUCGAGCACCCCAGCAAAAUAUCCGACGAGAUGGAUUUGGGCGAGCUCACCGACAACUGCGAGGCGUGGAGGGAAUAUGCGCCGACGAACCGGUUCCUGAAGGGAGAUUCGGGAAUCUGA